AUGUGUAACCCACCCCUCCCCAUAGCUGACAGCUUUGACCUCUGUACAGACUGGUCAGUGGAUUACCUGAAGUACCGUGUGCUGCAGGGAGAGCCGGUGAGGCUGAAGUGUGCCCUGUUCUACGGCUACAUCCGGGCCAACUACAGCCAGGCUCAGAGCGUGGGCCUCAGCCUCAUGUGGUACCGCAGCACUGGCCUGGGCCACGGAGACUUUGAGGAGCCCAUCUCCUUCAACGGCGUGCGCAUGAGCAAGGAGGAGGACGCCAUCUGGUUCAGACCGGCCGACCUCCAGGACGUGGGCCUCUACUCCUGCGUUCUACGGAAUUCAACCUACUGUAUGAAGGUGUCCAUGUCCCUCCACGUGGCUGAGAACGACACAGACCUCUGCUACAACUCUGACAUGAGACAUAUGGAGAAGGCCGAACUCAGCAAGAGCAAAGACAUCACCUGUCCAGACAUAGAGGACUACAUAGAACCUGGGAAAGACCCCCAUAUCAUCUGGUUUAAGGAGUGUCGUCCUAAGCAGUGGCGGGCCUCCAUCCUCCAGGGAAGAGACUCUCUGUCCAUCAGAGAGGUCAAAGAGGACGACAUCGGCAACUACACCUGUGAGGUCACCUUCGGGGGCUUCGUGGUACACAGGACCACUGAGCUCACCGUCACAGCUCCUCUGACUGACAAGCCACCAAAGAUCCUUUAUCCUUCUGAGAACAAGAUCAGCAACAUGGAGCUACAGCUAGGAAGUGCCCUGAACCUGACGUGCAGAGCUUUCUUUGGCUACGCAGGGGACGCCAGUCCGCUAGUCUACUGGAUGAAGGGAGAGAAGUUCAUCGAGGACCUGGAUGAGGAGAGAAUCGAAGAGAGCGAAAUCAAGGUGGUCCGGGAGCACCUGGGGGAACAGGAAGUGGCCAUCUCCUUAACGAUCCACUCGGUGGAGGAGGGGGACCUGGGAAACUACUCCUGCUACGUAGAGAACGGCAACGGGAGACGGCAGGCCAGCAUCCAACUCUCCAGAAGAGCAGAGCUGAUGUACACGGUAGAGUUGGCUGGUGGUUUGGGAGCCAUCCUGCUGCUGCUGCUCUUCCUCAUCUCUCUGUAUAAGUGUUAUAAGAUUGAGCUCAUGCUCUUCUACAGGAGAUACUUCGGCAGCGACGACCUGGAUGGAGAUAAUAAGGACUAUGAUGCGUACCUGUCCUACACUAAAGUAGACCCUGACCAGUGGAGUCAGGAGACCAAGGAGGAGGAGCGCUUUGCCCUGGAGAUCCUCCCUGACGUCCUGGAGAAACACUACGGAUACAAACUCUUCAUCCCAGACAGAGACCUCAUCCCCACGGGAAGUCUGGCCAAUGAGCUUUACCAGGAUGACACAAGACUUCUUAGAGCCUACAUCGAAGACGUGGCGCGCUGUGUGGACCAAUCCAAGCGCCUCAUCAUCGUCAUGACGCCCAACUACGUGGUGCGGCGGGGGUGGAGCAUCUUCGAGCUGGAGACACGCCUCCGCAACAUGCUGGUCACCGGGGAGAUCAAGGUGAUUCUGAUCGAGUGUGCCGAGCUGCGUGGCAUCAUGAACUACCAAGAGGUGGAGGCCCUCAAACACACCAUCAAGACCCUCACUGUCAUCAAGUGGCAUGGCCCCAAGAGCAACAAGCUCAGCUCCAAGUUCUGGAAGCAGCUGCAGUAUGAGAUGCCCUUCCGCCGCACCGAGCCAAUGCUGAGCCACGAGCCAGCGCUGGAUGUCAGCGAGCAGGGCCCCUUUGGCGAGCUCCAGACUGUCUCCGCCAUCUCCAUGGCAGCCGCCACCUCCACCGCCAUGGCCACGGCGCACCCGGACCUCCGCUCGUCCUUCCACAACUCGUACCACACCACCAUGCGGCAGAAACACUACUACCGCAGCUACGAGUACGACCUGCCGCCGGGGGGCACGCUGCCGCCGCUGUCAUCACUGGGCAACCAACACACCUACUGCAACAUCCCGCUGACGCUGCUGAACGGACAGAGGCCGCCGACGGGGAAGAGCCGCGAGCACAGUCUGGAGGAGGAGCACACUAACCACGCCAUGCUGCCGCUGUUGCCCAGGGAGACCAGCAUCUCCAGCGUCAUCUGGUGA